UGGAAAUAUAAAUCGUUGAAUUUCGAAACUAGCUUUGAAUUCUAUUUACAAAAUGGUGCACAAGCUUGUCUUAUGCGCAUACGUCACGGUAAAAAUUGCAAUGGUGUACUCCCGGCCUCAGGAUAUGUUUUACUCUGAUUCAAAUACCAUGGUGAUUGGCAAUCUAAAAAAGAGGGAGGUGAUACCACUGAAUCCGUACUUUAGUCCAUACAGAAGGAGGUAUGGUCAAGAUCCACAGAACGAGUUGAACUAUAGAAGGACCAAAGACAUACGGGAGGAAUUUGUCGACCGCAGGUUCGAGUUAACGGAAUCGCAGAUAAGAGAGGCAAAACUAGAUAAUAAAGAAAACUUGGAGAAACUGCACAACGAACUAAGAUGGCUGGCCAUCGAUGACGAUGAAGGAAUCGAUCAACAGCAAAACAUGUUGCUUAUCGAACCGCGAUAAUUUAACGCAACGCCAAACUUGCGAAAUUUUAUUAUGCAUAAAACAUUAUAGUGAUAUGGAUUUUUUAUUUAGAAUUUAUUUAAUGCUUUUAGUAAGCCUACUGUACGA